AGAAGGCCUCUCUCUUCGCGCACUUCGCGAUCUACGUUCGUCCGAGUUGGAGCUCGCUCGCCACUCUUCUCGCGUUUCUAAAAACAAAACUAGUCACGGUGUGCUGGUGUAAAAAAGAGGGGGAUAAAACAGAAUCGAAUCGAAUUGAUAAAAGAAAGAGAAGAGAAAAGGUACCGCCUCGUCGAUCGAUCGAUCGAUCGGUUGAUUGAUUUAUUGGGAAGUAUUUGUACAGUGAUACGCAGUGAAUGGGAUCGAUAUGGUGAACCGUCGGGGAUGAUACGAUGAUGCAGUGAACACGUCAUUCUUAUACCCAAUUGUUCGUCGUUGUUACCAGUGUGUUGUACAGAUUGAAUUAUCGUCCUGAUUGAAAUUUAUGCAUAAUAUAUAUGUAUAUAUAUACAUGUAUAUAUAUAUAUAUAUAUUAGUGAAGUAUAAUAUUAAAAGGUAUUAUACAUAGUGAAGUGCAGAAGUCCCAGGAUACUCAGAUCCAGCUCUUGGAUGGAUACCGCAUCAAAACUGCAGCCGAGGGACUACGAUGCGUAGCCGGGGCUGGAGGCUCGUUUCCGCGUUACGGAACGCUCAAGCCUUGCUGAACCUCCAGGAGAGAGAGCCGACUUACACGUCGGACAGAAAUGACGAUGGCCAGUGUGGCGGUCACCCAGGGUAGCCCAGGUAACCCUUCCGCGAUGCUCACCCCGAAGAGGUACCACCUCCAGUCGGGAACCGGCACCGGAUCCCCUUCGCCGACGGCCUCGCCGACCCCUGGAAAGAACUAUGACACCCUGAGCAAGGGCAAGAAGUCAUGGAGCGUCCGACUGGGUCUCUCCCGGCAGAGCCAGAUGCAGUCCGAGGAGGGUCCGAAGCAGGGCUGGGGAACGAUAAGCGGGGGAAGCGCGCUGUCGCGUCAAAUGCGGUACGGCGAUCCGUGGCUGUACGGAACGGUUCGAGGGAGUCGGCAGAUGGUUUCGGACCCCCGUUUGGGGGGUUCGGGGUUUGGGGGCCGUCCAAUUCUGGUGGUCUGCUCGUGCCCGGAGUUCCUUAGCGGAACAACGCGGCGGCUGGGCAACUGCAAGAAAUGCGGGGGGCACCGGGUCGCCGGUCUCCCGCUGGGGGGCACAUGCCGCGCCCCCUCGGCCGCAUCGCGGCUGCGGCCAAGUUUAGCCGGAGUUUUGCGCCCGGCUUUGGACGACCCCUACGAUCUGGUGCGCCGCUCGCGAUUGGUGGAACCGCGCACCAGGGCCCGCAGCAUAAGUCCCCACCGCCAGGGGCCCCGGGACGGUGGGCGAAGUCAGAGCGUCGCGUGGUCGGCGAAGGAACAGGAUCACUGGUUCAACUCGGAGGGAAACGAUUCGGGCUUCCUCCAGCGGAAGGGGUGGAGGAAGCGGGAAGAGCAGUGGCUCCAGGACGAGGGGGGCGCCCGCGACGCCGAUUCUCGACGCAGCAUCCUCGAGUGUGACGUGAACCCCUAUCUGCUCGUAAAGAAGCAGGCCACCCGCGACGAGGACGAGUUCAGCGACGACCUAUCGGACAACGCCCUCGAGCUCGACGAGCCCCAGCCCACCCUCUUCGACCCCUCCAAGGUCAAGUCCAUAGAACGCAUCCCAGCGCGAUGCUCCGUCGCCGCUAUAGGUGGGCAACGAAUCAGGGUAUUCAACGAGCCCCGGGAACCCUCGGAUGAAGAUGAGCAGGUUGGGGACCACUCUGUAACCCCGACCACUGGGAUCCCUAUCCCUAAGGUCUCACCGAAGCGGCCGCCCAGGAAGACGAGGACCGCCGAGGCCAAGGCGGCACCCGUUAAGGGCAUACUCAAAAGACUCAGGGCCGGCAGGCCACCGGGUGCGAAGAAGAAGAGCGUGCUCUUCAGUGUUAACAACGUCGUCUUUGCGCCGGCGAAACUUGAGUUUGGCAAGCACUCCGAGGAACCGGAAGACGAUAUCGAAGAGAACAUAGUGCCCGAGGAGAAGGUCGAGAAGAGGCCGAAGUUCAUCACCAUCCCGAACAUCAGGGACCCCAAGUCCACGGACAAAGUCAGCUCGGCCAGGAAAUCGGCGACACCGCCUAGGAUAUCCGGGAUACCGAAAAGCAUCGCGCGCACGGAAACCGUGGUUAGACCAGCCACGCCGCCGCUUCCGGUUUGCGAAAGCGUUGCGGCAUCAAUGAACGAGCCGAAAACUGGAAGUGGGAAGGUUCGACCGGAAGACGAAACGGAGCUCGAAAUUGAAAUCGAAGAACUGAAGGAGCAGCCGACGGAGAACGACGAAGAGGAGCGGCAUGUCGAGACGACCGAGACGACAGAGACGAACGACACAACAGCGACCCGGAGACCAGCGCUUCAGCGCAGUCAAAGUGAGCGCACCCCAACGAAACCGGGAAUGGUGGAGAACGUCCAGUUCUCGGAUACGAUGAGGCUGAGCAUCCGCAGGCGGAUCCAGAGAGAUGCCGAAACCGCCGGUUCCCAGGACUCGCCACCCCAGCUCGCCGAUGAAUCGGAUCCCACUCGCACCCUGGUCCCACUUCCGGUUGAGGAAGCGGAAGACGAGACGGAGCCGAAUUUGCCGGAAAAUUUACCGACACAUCGGGACGCGGAACCGGAACUACCGCCAAGAUCGAAUUGGGAGGGGUUCCAGAGGAUGAGACCCACCAGCUGGUCCCCGCCGCCGUCUAAGCACAAAACUCUGCCCCAGAACCGAAGCAGUGAUCCUGGUACUACCGACUUCAAACCGCCGAAGCCGUCAAUCGCGGCAGACAUAAAGGCGUCCUUUAACUCGAAGGUUGGGGUGGCCUCGAGCAGAUCGGAAAACGUCUUCAAGAUAACCGUAAGCCCACUUCAGUCCCCGCUGGUCCACAGACUGCAAAUUGGUUCCGAAGCACCGAGUCGCGGCGGUAGAAGAACGUCGAUAAUGAUAAACGGGGACCAAAAUUCGAGCGGAGAAACAAGCUCGAACAACAAGGUGACCAUAAGCGUGGGUGGCGAGGACAGCGUCUGCAACCCGACUGUGAUAUCGGUUAACACCGACGUUUCGCCGAAGAUCCAAAGCUCCUCAGAGAACAGGACGCUAGUCAUACUGGAUAAUUAUAGCUCUAACAUAAUCGUCAAACCCUGCGCGAGCAGGGCGGAUGUUGACGAGGAUUGCGAGAGGGAUUCCACGGAGAAACGCGGGGACCAGGCAAAACCGUCUGUUCCCGAAGAAGGGGCCGAAGGGAAGCGGGUCCCAUCGCUAUCCAAGGAGGCGAUGGUCUCCAAGCUGCUCGAAGACUCGCUGAAGAAAGCGCGAAGGAACGGCGAGAUUCUCGACGAGACGAGCGGCGAGGCGAUAUUGAAGAUACUGAAGGAGACGCUGCUCAAGUCGGGCGACUACGAGAGCUCCGAAUCGACGGUCGAGCCCGAUCAGACCUAUUCGAGAUCCUCGAGCUUGAAUUCGGAGGUCGAUUUCGUUGCGGCUAAUAUGUACAUCGAGGAGAAUCCGUACGAGGUGAUCAAGGAGCCGAUUUACGAAGAGAUUCCCGAUGAUCAGCCACCGCCGCUUCCGCUGAGCCCACCGCCCUCCGAGGUCUUCCAAAAGGAGCAAAUGUACUUCGGUGAGGAGUACAAGGAGGCGAGCUACUACAAGAAGUUCAACUCAGGUCAGUUGCUGCGAUCCUAUUUUCCGGACGACUUCUUCAAGAAGCCGACCGCCGAGGAACUCAGCUCGAAAAUCUACCAUCCGUCAGAACCGUUCGCCAAAAAGCCCUCCUCUUCGCCGGAGGAGAAUUACGCCUCCAAAUUCGAGCUUUUGAACUACCUUAUCGACUCCAAGGAACGGACCGGACUCGUCGAGGAGGAAGAGGACGCUGAGGGGGAGCUGGACGCGCUAUACGAACAAAAGGAGACCAGCCUCGAUGAUCUAAGCUCCAAGAGUUCACAGAUAUCGAACGUGUCCGACAGUAGCGAAGAUGGCAAUUUACCAUUGGCCACUUCAAGCUCUCCAGAAACUUUGAAGAUGAGGACCGUCGACAUUGAACGAACCGACAGCGGCGUUGGGUCCGAAAGCAGCCAAGCGAGCAGCAGCCGCGGGGCUGUCCGGAGAUGGAGAGGAAGCAGCGGGAGAUCUUCAGGCCCAGGAAGUCUCCUCGGAGUGAUGCCGCAGGUUGUUUCUGGAGAUGCGAAACUCUGCCAAGACUGCGAACAGCGGCUUGAUCCUCUCGUCACGAUCAGUGGCGUUGUCUACGCUCCGUUCGUCUGCAGAAAAUGCGCAAAAAAGCGGUCCGAGCGCAAGGAGAUCGUUAUGGAGAUCGUCGAGACGGAGCAAAAGUACGGAAGGGACCUGCAAAUCAUACUCGAAGAGUUCUACAGGCCGAUGCUCAGGGCCGGUCUUCUCACCCAGGACCAGCUUUCCGCGAUAUUUCUGAACGUCGAGGAACUCCUUGAGCACAAUGUCACUCUCGCCGAGAAGCUGAGGGAGGCUGUUGAGAUCGUUCAGGAGUCCGGAGAUGAGGACCUGGUCACGAUGGACGUCGGAAAGAUAUUCCUCGAGUCUGAGGGCAUGCUUCACGCCUUCGAGAGCUACUGCACGAGACAGGGAAGCGCCAGUUUGCUGCUGCAGAACCUCGAGAAGGAGAAGGAGCUGCUGAGGAUAUUCCUCAAGGUGUCGCAGAUGGAGAACGCCGUUCUUCGCAGAAUGAACCUCAACUCUUUCCUCAUGGUCCCCGUGCAGAGGGUCACAAAGUAUCCUCUGCUGCUCGCGAGACUCUUCAAAGCCACCCCGUCGAAUCGACCCGACAUCCAGACUGCCAGGAAUAAACUGAAACAGGCCCAGACCAACAUCGAAUUACACUUGGAGCACAUGAAUGCCGAGGCCAAAGACGUCACGUCGACCAAACUGUGGCGCAGGAUUUCCAUCAUUCAAAACGGAAGGCGUUCCAUGGGCGAACAGGACAUGGUCAACAUUAAGCUACGAAAGAUGGCCGUCGAGGUGUUGGAAUGGGCUCACGAAGAGGUCAGAUUUGCCCUGGAAGGUCGACUUCUGGUAGCUCUGCCAACCGACAAUAAUUGGCGACGGGGAAAGACCGUUAAGCUUGUACCGGUAACCGCGAUGCUGGUCACGAAUGGAAAACCAAACACUCAGUUCCUCGAUCUUACUGACGAUUCCCUGUUCCCAAGGCAGAUUGGAAUCAAGGAAGCGACGCUUCUGCUCGUUAAGGAAAAAAUCGGACGAUAUUCUCUGCUGAGGGAACCUCUUUACCUGGACAAGUGCAUCGUCUGCUGCGAAGCAGAUCUUGAGGAUUACUUUGAGAUCCAGGAAUUAUCGUCGAAGGAAACAUUCAUAUUUAAGGCGGAAGACGGUGUGAGAACAAAACGAUGGUGCAGGACUCUUCAGGCCCACGCACAAUCCUUGGGCGCCUGGCGUCGGCGUCGCGGUGCCUUGGCGAACAUCAUGAUAUGCGGUGUCGAUCGAAAUUGACCGAGAAUCCUUUCCUUUUCGUAACCGGUCGUACCUAUCACGAGAAUACGGAUGCCAAGCCUCGAGGAUCGGAAACAGAAGGAUAAUCUCGGAUUUUCUUUCCGUGAUCCUUAUAUGAAUGUUGCUAAAUGUACCCAGGAUACAAAAACCCUAUUUUAGGCGAACGGCAUUAUCCUAAUUUGCUCGCUGUUCAUACUGAAAGAAAAAUUUCCUAGGAUCAACGCAUUGGUUGUGUGACUCGACAUGUUUUAUUUUUUUUUUUUUUUUUUUUACUAACAACAAAUAAAUAUCGUAUUAGCACUAUUCAAAUAUGGACUUAAUUCUGAUGAAAUCUCCUCAAUUCAGGUGGAUUUGAGUUAAUCCGAUUGUGAGUAGAUUUUAUUCAUCGAAUUAAGUGAAUAUUUUGGGGAUUCAAAUGGCAUCAAUUAUCUGAAUAGUUCUACCACAAUCUUUACUGUGGGCGGAAGAAAAAAAUUAAUCAACCACCGAAUCUCGUGUAUAUUUGAACCAAAAAAAAAAAAAGAAAAACUGAUAAAUUAUCGAAUCAAACAAAUCAGGGAGAACAAGUCAUUUUUCGUGAUG